AUUUUAGCAAUCAAGUUUGAACCACCAGUUAUAGAAACUAGAAAAUAUGCAGGAGAUGAAUUAACUUUAAAAAAUGAUAUUUAUGAAAUAAUUGGUUCUACAUUUUUUUGGAAAAAUCUUAAACUUUUAAUUGAUAUUUUAUAUCCAUAUUGUAAGAUUCUAGAUACAUUACAAAGUGACAAAGCACGUUUACACGAAUCAAUUAGUUGCACAAUUGAAAAAAUGGUGGAAAGAAUGAGAAUAACCAAUUUUAAUUAUUGCAUGUCAUAUUUAUUGCAUCCUAAUUAUCGUAUAAAAAUAUUUAAUAAUACUAGUAUUAAUUAUACAACAAUUGAUCCUUGGUUAGGAUACUAUUAUCGUGCUUGGACAGGAGAAUAUUCAAAAUUUAUUCUUUGGGAAUUAGAAAACUUUCGUUUAGGAAUCUAUCCAUUUGAUUUAACUACAUGGAAUCAAUUUAGUGGAGAUAUUUAUAGAUAUUGGAGUUUUGCCUGUGCUUCCACUAAUGAGCUUGGAUUUGUGGCUUGUAGAAUUUUUAGAAUCUGUGUCAAUGCUACUUCUAUAGAACGAUUAUGGAGUUGCAUAGGUUUUUUGCAAUCAUAUAAAUGUAAUAGAUUAUCAAAUAUCAAAAUCCUUGAGAUGAGUAAAUUACAAGCUGAUAUAACUUAUAGUCAUCAGCUUCAAAAAAAAAUUUCAGAAAUAACUGCACAUACUAUAAUAUCUGAGGUUGAAUUAUCACGAUGUUAUGAAACAGAACAAAUAAUAACUGAUGAAAACAACGAAAAUGAACAAACCGAUGAACAAGAUGAUGAAGAAAAUCCACUAUAUGAAAGUCAAGAUUCAUUUAUUUCUGAAGAUAUUGAUGAGGAAAUGGAAUUUAUCAAUAUGAAAGAAAGUAUAAAUGAACUUGAAGAAAUUGAUGAUGAUGAAACAGAAAAUAUUACUCACUCUGCAAUUGACUUGAAUGCUAAAUAG